UCAUUGCACCUCUUUCUCUUCGUUGUAACGUUUUUCUCGCACACACCUUUUCUACUAGGGAUAUCUCCCACCAUGCACAAGCUCCAAUUUCCCCUCAUGGCCUUCAUCUUCUACUUCCUACUCUUACCAUUACUGGCAACAGCAGCUUGCGAAUGCGAAUCCGACACCGAAGAUCGUAACAAGACCGUCGCGCUGCGAUUGAAACUGGCUGCGAUCGCUUCUAUCCUUGUAGCAGGAGCGAUCGGCGUAUGUCUACCGAUCUUUGGGAAGUCGAUUGAAGCACUUCGGCCGGAGAAGGAUAUCUUCUUCAUCAUCAAAGCAUUUGCCGCCGGCGUGAUUCUGGCUACUGGGAUGAUACAUGUGUUACCGGACGCGUUUGAGAACCUAACGUCGCCGUGUCUGAAGGAGAAUCCAUGGGGGAAAUUCCCUUUUGCGGGGUUCGUCGCUAUGUUGUCGGCGAUCGGGACGUUGAUGGUGGAUGCGUUUGCGACGGGGUAUUAUAAGCGGUCGCAUUUCAAUAAGGCUCGGCCGGUGAGCGAUGGGAAUGCUGUAGAUGUGGAGAGGACGAGUGAGCAUUCAGGUCAUAUUCAUAUGCAUACACAUGCUACUCAUGGGCAUGCACAUGGAUCCGCGCCGACGUCUCAUGAAUUGAAUUCUUCUGCUGAUCUUAUUCGACAUCGUGUCGUAUCGCAGGUUUUGGAAUUGGGCAUAGUGGUUCAUUCUGUAAUUAUUGGAAUUUCCUUGGGUGCUUCCGAAAGCCCAUCGACAAUAAGGCCUCUUGUAGCUGCAUUGAGCUUUCAUCAGUUCUUUGAAGGCAUGGGUCUUGGUGGAUGCAUUGUUCAGGCAAGAUUCAAAGCCCAAGCGAUGGUUAUCAUGGCGCUUUUUUUCUCCCUGACCACCCCAGUCGGGAUCGCCUUGGGCAUUGCGAUAUCGUCGGUUUACGACGAGAAUAGCCCAACAGCUCUGAUCGUCGAAGGGGUUUUCAAUUCGGCCUCCGCGGGGAUCCUGGUCUACAUGGCACUGGUGGAUUUACUCGCCGCAGAUUUCAUGCACCCUAGGAUGCAGAGCAAUGGAAAACUACAGGUGUGGGCAAAUGCUUCCCUUCUUCUUGGGGCAGGUUGCAUGUCCCUCAUGGCCAAAUGGGCCUAAGCUUGUCAUCUUCCCUUUUGUUUUUCCUACUCUAAUACUGGGAAUGCAUACAUACAUUGUUGCUCUGAACCUGUUUUGGGUUUUAUUUUUUCUUUUCUUUUUGUUUUUGGUUUGGGGAUGGUGUAUACAAUAGAGUGGACCGUUGUAUUUAUUAGUAUCUCAUGCAAGGAGAUUAGGUCAGUUCUCAA